ACCGUAGUAGGCCCGGCUCUUGACAUGGUCUACAACUGGGAUGACAAGGAAGCUGAGUGCUUCAGGCUGUACGUCGAGGAGAGACAAAGCCUUGAUGAAGUCAUAUCGUAUUGGGAAAUCAGAGGCUUCACCCCCAGCAAACGAGCCUUUCAAACGCAGUUCAAGCGGUGGGAAUUCCCAAGCAAACAAAACCCAGCGCACAAGAACUCCGCCCUCGUCGCCCGCCUCCAUGUACUAUGGGAGCAGAACUACUCGCAGAAGGACAUGGUGGAUACCCUGCAGGCUGAAGGCUUCCAGAUCAACGACCGCGAGCUGAUCAGGCUGCGGUUGAGGCUCAAGCUACUGCUAAGGGAGAGUGUGCCUAGACCAAAGAGAAAGCAAAACACAGAGGGCGGAGCACAGAAGAAGACAUCGAAGAAGAAGCGGCCAAAGGUCGUGCCUAGGAAGGGGCUGGUCAAUCAACUUGCAAAUGCAAUACUGGCAGAAGGGUCUUCGAGCGAAGAAGAGAGUGAGAAGGAGCAAGAAGCUGUCCAGGAACAACACCAACAACAUGGAGAAUCUGCGGAAGAGGCACAACCUCUCAUCCUAGAUCCCGACCUUGCGCCUUUGAGCACAGAAGAAGUGCUACGAAAACAACUACGGCAGGAACAACUUCGGGUCGAAAGCGACGAGAAAUGGCGUGCGCGGAAACGACGACGGCGGACACGCGGCUGGGCUGGGUUGCCAGCAGACGCUCCGGGCGAGCCCCCUCGAUUUCCCUCAGAAACGACCAUCGAUGAAGCAAAGGCGUAUCUCGGAUUGGACAACAACAUGUACCGCCAGAUCCGCGAGCGCUUCCUCGAGAUCUGCAAGGCCGAAGGUCUCGUCAAGAAGACCAUCGCCGGGCCAGAGAAGUGGGCACAGAUUGUGCAACAGCUCAUUCGCGAGAACGCACAUUUGUCGGACGUCUUUCAGCAGGAGCCCGACGUGAUGCAGAACAAUGACGCGCUAUUCCGACCGAAGGGCCAGAGAGCGCUGUCACUAGAUGUCAUAUGUAUGGAUGUUACAAAACGCCUGCGUACGAUGGAGACGCGAAUGACGCUUGCUGACGCGAAGAACACCCUCAACUUGAACCCUGAGCAAACACGCCACGUUCGGAACGCUUUCGCCGCCAAGCUGAAGGAGGACCACUUCACAAACAAACACGAAGCUGGUGAGCAACACUGGACGGAGCUUAAACAGGGCUGGGUCAACGAGUCGGAGCUCCUCACCAACGCGUUGGCACAGGGCGAGGCAGAUCCAGCUUAUGCGCAAAAACUAAGGGCUGUGGAGGUGCUAGCGAGGGACGUAAUGAAGAGGGUGCAGCAGGAGAAGGCGGCAAAGGACCCGAGCAAGAAGAAGCAGGUCCAUCAAGGUCCUGGGCCAGGCCCUGCGCCGCCAGUAGUCGUACCCCAACCGUCGAUAUUGCAGAGCAGGGGCAGGCAGAGCAGAAGCAAUAGUGCUGCCAACGCGACGCAGAUGAGCCAGUUCACCAUGCCGGCAAUACCAGCUACUUCAGAUCUGCAGAUCGAUCCAAGUCUGUUGCUAGCCGCGAGCGAUGCUGCUAUCCCCAGAUACCACCAUCCCGAAACCCCUUAUCAACAACAGCAACAACAACAUCACCACGAUCAAUACCGGCCAGCUCCGCAGCCUCAACUCCAUCGGCCUCAAAACUCUCACACAUCCCACAACCAGCAGUACUAUCCUGCAUCGCCGACCCAGCCCAUGCCCCUACCAAUUUACUUCCGCCUACACCCACAUUCCACGACGCCCUUCCCCAAUAAAACCGUCUGGCUCUCCAUUUUGCAUGCGCCCUCCGUGGCGGAGGUGCGCAACUUGGCUUUGCGAGAGCACUCAGGCACUAUCUUGCAUAAGUUGGAGGGCUUGAUCACGUACAGAGGCGAGGGGCAGGAUAGGGAGGUGGUGGUCGAGGUGGGCGAUGAUGAGGAGCUUGGUGCUUACUUAGGACAUGUCCGAGGCGAAGGACAGGGGCAGGGUCAAGGGAAGGCUACGUUUGUGGUGUGGUUGGGUAUGGAGAGUGGUGGAGGGUAUGCAUAACAUCAAGGUCGAUGUGGGUGUAGGAUUAUCAAACGGAUCAUUGUAAAGUCUGAAGAAUGUGAAUAGGCAUGCCAUUGUGACAAAUCUCUGGCAGAAAUGGUAUCAUAUGCUAUACCUACGCGAACUCCACUAUGGUCCCAUACUCCUGCCAGGAUAAAUGCCCAUGAAAACGCCCCAAAAUGCCGUCGCUAACAUAUCAUCUACUUACGCUGAAAUGCCGCAAGAUCAAUAGGUCGAAUUGUUUCAGAGAGUCGACAUGAAGCGAACGCGCCGCUAUCAAGAAACCUGUUCAGUAGUCAAAAUCUAUCCGAUUCAUAAGGGUAUGCCUAGUAUGGUGAAGCAUAAGCGGGGGUUGGAGCGCCAUUACCUCAGCGAUAUUCUGCCUCUCG